UAAUGGCACAAAUGCUCACGUUUGUAUAUUACUUCCCAAUAUAAAUUACACUAAAAUAUAGGCCUUUUUUUCUCUCUCUUUUUUUUGCUUUAAAGGAUUAAAUCCGAAAAGUAAUUCAGACUUGUUAACGUAAUUCUUGUUUUCUAAGGCAUUACAGAUGUAUACUGUACAACCAUUCCAAUCUGGAAAAAAGAACAGUUCAAAGACAUCAUAUGAAGCCCAAAAUUACCAUGACAUUCAUGUUUGUGAUGAGUGUGUGUAAACUUUUAGCUGUUUCUUCAUUAAAGAAGGCAAUGAGGGCAUUUAAAUAUGAUAAAGCUUGAAUAAUUUUGCGAGGUUCAAUAGAAUGACUACUACUAUCAUAUUUUAUUACAUGGGACAUUCCUAAAGGUGGGGAAGACAGAGAAAUCAGAUAUAUUGAUUAGACUCCUGCCUCUUUUCUGGUAGUAUUAUUGCAAGGUGCUUAUCAUUAAAUGUUGUCAGCAUAUCAAUAAAAUGUAGAUAAGUCUAAAAAUAAGUCUAUUAAGGACUGUAGACUGUGUACUUUACAGGUAAUGAAUUCCAAUGUUCAGUGCUUGUUUGGACAGCUAGUUCACCUCCUACAGUGAUAUAAUGAUCAAUCCUUUAGUUGAAGUUAACCUGCACAUGCACCCUGUCUCACUCUCACUUAACAUUUUGAGUCUAAUUACCCACAGGCCAGUCAAAAUGAGGUUGUACGGGGAAGUGAAGAGAAGAGCUGCUUUCACAGAGACGUGUAACAUUUUGUGAGUGUUCGUAAAAUCUUCUACACUUGUUUAUUUUUUAAUGUUACAAUCAUAUUUAGGUUCCCACAAUACAACUGUGGUCAUGUUCAUUGAAAACAGUGAGCAUGUCAGCAACCAUGGUUAACCUCAAUCAUGGAAAGAUUAACUUUCAAAGGAAAACAUUAGUUGUUGGGCUCAGCGUAUUCCCAGAAACUAACUACUACUACUCCAGAGCUCCACUUAAUAAACGGAUUAUAUUUAUUAUCACAUGACAGACCAUUCAUUGGCAACAGCGAUUUAAGUCAUUAUUUAUACCAUGACUUGAAGUUAAAUUGAACAUGUUUGAUCUGGUUAUUAAUGCUGUCUUGACAGAACCUUUAAAGAUCAUUAUUAAAAAAACAAAAAUAAAUAAAUAAGACAGCCACAUGUUUAUCUUUUGAAACAUUAGAAAUAUUUUAGGGUUAUCCUCUAAAUAGCUCCCAUCCAUCACUCCUUCCUUAUAUAGUUUUGCAUAAUGUGUCAAAUCUGAGUAAUGCAUCCACAGUUCCCAGUAAGAUAAAGAUGGACGAAUCAGGUAUGGCCAUUUGCAGAAAACAGGUGGGUGUGGCUGAGUCUACGUGUCCAGCUUCAGAGUCACACCUGGUUGUGAGAUUCCAGCUCUGGCUUCUGUUACUCCUUCCUGACAAGGGCAGCAGUUCUCAUUCAGAGCUCUUUACUGACAGCAUUCACCCCACCAAGCAGAAGAUGCCGGGGAUGGUAGCAGGAGACCUCAGGAGACUCCCAGAGGGCAGACGCCCACUGCAACGUGUCUCCCACACGCCUCAUCUAGACCAGAGACCACGAAAGAAGUCUCGCAAGAAGCUCCAAGUGAUCAUCUGUGUACUUCUUGUGGAGUUGUUUGAAAGGUUCACUUUCCUUGGGAUUGUAUGUAACAUGAUUCUAUUUUGCACUGUGAAGCUCGGAUAUGACAACUACCUCGCUGCAACAGUCAACCUGUGCUUCAUAGGAGCCAGCACACUCACCCCUGUUCUGGUUGGCUGGUUUGCAGAAGCCUGUCUAGGAAGGACAAAGGUGCUAUACGUGUGUGCGUUUCUUCAUUUCUUUGGUACAGCCAUGCUGCCUGUGGUGGCAUUUCCCUUUGAGGAUUUCUACAUCGACAGCCACCACAUGACCCACCAGCUGGAGUCUCGGGAGCAGCAGAUUCUUUUUUACACUGGCCUCCUGGCUGCUGCACUGGGCAUCGGUGGCAUCCGAGCUAUCCUCUGCCCCAUGGGAGCUUACAACCUGCAGGGCUACAACCAGCACCAGCUCCUGACCUUCUUCAACUGGUUCUACUGGCUGGUGAAUCUGAAUUCCACUGUUGUGUUUCUGGGCAUUGCUUACAUCCAGCAAUCUGUUGCCAAAAAUCUGGGCUUCCUCAUCCCCUUCACAUCAGUGCUGCUGGCUCUCAUCGCCAUACACAUGAUGCGCAGUAAACUCACCUACAAACCCAAGAAAGGUGGAUCAUUACUGACCACGUUGGGAGUUUUCUUGAACUCUUUCAAGAUGUGCUGCCUCCACUAUCGCUAUUUGAGCGGACAGGUGACAUCUUGGCUGGACCGGGCGAAAGAGAACAAUGGUGGCCAGUACAGUGAGACUCACGUGGAGAAUGCCAAAGUCCUGGCCAAGCUCUUCCCUCUUUACGGGCUUCAGCUGCUCUACAGAGUCUGCCUCACACAGAUCCCCUCAGGUUACUACAUACAGACGAUGAGCUCCAACCUUCACCUGAAGGACCACCUUUUGCCUAUCGCUGCCAUGAAUGUGAUCAGCAUCCUGCCUCUGCUGCUCUUAGCGCCACUGAUGGAGUGUGUGAUGACCUGCUACCUAUCCAUGGAAAAAACUCCUCCAGCACCUGUAAAACGUAUUACUCUGGGCCAUGCGUGUGCCACUCUGUCGGUCCUGGUUGCAGGUUUGACUGAGCUGCAGAGGAAGUCUUACCCCCUGGUGGAGCAGACACUUUCUGGAAAGCUUUUGCAAGUUUCUUCCAUGCCAUGUUUCCAGCUGGCUCCUCAGUACAUCCUGCUCGGUCUGGCAGAAGCUCUCGUCACCCCUGCGUGCUCCCUCGUUUCUUUCCAACUCACCCCGAGCCACAUCAGAGGGAUCGCCCUGCACUUCCUCACUCUGUCCUAUGGAGGGGGUUGUUUUCUAGGUGCCUUUAUUAUUCAGCUGAUGUACUUUCUCUCUGGAGGAAGCUUUUACCCAAGCACACUGCAUGAUGGCAAUUUGGAGACAUUCUUCUUCCUCCUGGCCACACUGAUGGCUGUAAAUACCCUGGCAUUUUGGAGUGUAUCAUACAGGUACGUGGACCUGAGUGUUCAGGGCAAAGCGCUGACCAUCAGCCCUCUGACUGAGAAGCUGCUGCAUUACAAGGCCUGUCUGCGCUUCUACGACACUGUAGACCACACGGAUUCCAUUUUAUGAAUGAUUUCUCUGAGAUGUCCUCUGUUACUGGUGCUAGCACUGGAUGUUACUGAGUCAAAAAUUUGUGCUGAUGGGCUAAAUUGGAUAAGAUAAGAUAAGAUAAGAUAAGAUAACCUUUAUUAGUCCCACACGUGGGAAAUUUGUUUUGUCACAGCAGGAAGUGGACAGUGCAAAA